AUGCAAAAAUUUAGUGUUCCAAAGGACUCUUCUCAAAUAUUCUUAGUGGAUAGUAUCCUAAACAAACAUAUUUGCUCAACCAAAAACAAAGUUAAGGAUGUCAUUAAGAGGAGAAGUAUUAUUAAGACAUUAAUAUGUGCAGCUGGUUUAACUCUUAGAAAGUUAGUUUGUGGGAAACUUGGAAAUAAUAAAUAUAAUUCCAAGAUAAAUCAACUUUGGAAAAAAGAAAGGAAAAUUAUUAAUUGUAUAGAAGAUUUAAAGCAUUUGAUAGAAACGAAUAAACGUAGGCACAAUUUUGGGAAAAGAUUAAGGAACGCCAAAGUGAGCCCUUCUGAGAUGUUGAAGGAUUACUACAACAAGUUAAGAUAUAUUAAAAAUGAAAUUACGGCAUGCUUGGAUGAACACAAAAAAGCAAUUUUAAGAACAAAAUUUAAACUAACACCAAGCAUUAAGAUCAUCUCAAAUAUUCAAAAUCAUAAUGAUGAAGAGGCUGAACUCCCAAAGGAAGAAGAAUUCGUCAAAUACUAUAAAGAACUAUUUACAAACAAAGAUGGGGAUGAUAAAGAAACACCACAUCUUGACAAUUGGUUGAAGAAGUUUAGUAAGACAUUAAUUGUAGACUGGACUAUAAAUGACAAGGAGAUUCUUGAAGCUUUAAAAUAUUGUGGUAAUUUCAAAGCACCGGGAUCUGACAUGGUAAUGAAAGUUUGUUACAAAUGGUUCAAAUCUGCACAAAAUUAUCUAAUCAGAUGGAUCAAAUCAACUUGGUAUGGUGAAUACACAAUAAAUAAGAAAGAUACAAAUGCAGUCACAUUCAUGAUUUGGAAAAGAGAUGGUAAACCAAAAAAUGAUGUCAAAUCAUAUAGACCGAUUUCUUGCUUGAACUGUGAUUUCAAGUUACUAAACAAACUUAUUGCAAACAAGAUUUAUGAAUCAAUAGAGAAAAUUUUGCCUAUAAAUCAAAUGGCAGUAAUUAAGAAUAAACAUGGAACAUGUGAAGCCCUACUCCUAUACAAAUCAUUGGUUCAAUCAAUGAAAUUUAGAAGAACGAAAGAUGUGAAAGAAAUAUGGUGUUCAUGGAUUGACUUCAGCAAAUGUUAUGACUCAAUAAGUCAUAAGUGUUUGAAAAAAAUGAUACAAAGUAUUAAGGCUCCACCAAUUAUUCACAAACUCAUUUUAGAUGGAAUUGAUAGCUGGAACAUAUCAAUUUGUAAUGGGAAAAAUAUUUCCAAAACUAAAAUACCUGUUAAAUCUGGUAUUCUUCAAGGUAAAGUGGCUAGCUCUUUAUAUUUUGUAUUAUUGACUGGUGAAAUAUCUUAUGCUUUGAACAAGGAAGAACAAGUACCAAUUGAAACGAUUACACCAAGCAACACUUUGAAAAUCAACCAUAUCAGUUUUAUAGAUGAUUAUCAACUGUAUGCUACAUCACAAAAGAAAGUUGAAAAACUAACUAUUAAAUUGAGGGAAAUAGCAGAAGAGAUGAACCUGAAGCUGAAUCCACAAAAAUGUGGCAUAUAUGGCACAGAUGAUCUGGGAAAGAGACUAAUGCUGAAAGAAAGUUCAUUAAACUUUCCAUAUACUUCCGAGUACAAGUAUCUUGGUCUGGUAGAAAAUUCAUUGGACUUAAAGGAUAUCAAUAUCCAACUGUUUAAAGAUAAAAUACUAUCUAAAUACUCAACUAUUUUUGAAUCAAGACUCACUACACACCAGAAAAGAAAAGUAUUUAAUAGUACAAUAUCUCCAUGCGCAGCAUAUUACCUAGGUAAUUUAAUAACCAAUAAAUGUUCAAUUCAAGAACUAUUGAAUGAAUGUAAGAAAUUCGAUCAAAUGGUCAGAAAUCAGUUAGUGAACCAAAACAUCAAAAAGCUUCAAGUAUCAAAUAGUAGAAUCUACUUACCUAAAGAAUACAACUCCCUUGGAUUAAACGAAAUAGAAAUUGAAGUAGCAGCCAAUAUAAUCAGGAAAGCUUGUUACAUUAAAAAAAGAGAAACUCUUAGAGGAGUAGACAAACUAUAUAUUGCAAUGUCAAAAAAUGGUCACAGAAACACUCUUAGUGAUGCUUUAUAUAUAACUAAAAAAUACUCUAACUUUCAAAUAAAUUGGAAUAUUAUGGGUAUGGUGAAAGAUCAAAACAAUAUUCUUCUGGAUGCGAAGAAAAUUAUUGAAAAUAUCAAAGAGAAAAGGAGGAACCUAUGGCUGGAACAUUGGAAAAAAGGAAACAUGACAUAUGCAAAUGAAGCAAUCAAAAAAGAAUUCCAUCUCCCGGACCUAAACAUUGACUCCAAAUACCUCAUGUUGUGCUAUGCUGGUUCAGAGGAACAAAUCAUUUAUAAUGGACACGUAAGUUUGGUUAAUCAAUCCUCACCGUCUAGUAGAUUAUGUAGAAAGUGUAACAAAUUGGAAGAAACUUCAUACCAUGUGGCUAGUGUUUGUGAAUUCCAUAAAAAGAAUCUACAUCUAAUGCGUCACAAUAGUGCAGUUUACCACAUAAUAACUGAACUCUGUAGAAUCAUGAAAGUCAAAUGUACGCUAAGAUAUCCAGAAGCAUCAGGAAUAAUAAAAAGUGGAAACAUGAAGAUUGCUGCUGGAGUAAAAUACACUUUUGGAACAGCAAAAAUAUACCAUAAUAAGCCUGACUUGGUAUGGUAUACUCCAGAGGUAAUUUAUGUUAUAGAAGUAAGUAUUUCAUCACUGAAGAACGCCAAAUCUCAAAUGAAAAUGAAGACUGCUAGAUAUGCAGUAAACUCAACAAAGAAAUUGGAAAAUUUUGCUGCUCUGAAUAAUUUAAAGAAGGGAGAAAACUUUGUUGAAAUAUUAAGUCAUAAAGCAAAUUUCAAAAGAGUCCAUUUCAUGCCCCUAGUUUUCUGCACUUUUGGUGAAAUACCUAAAGAAACAAUGAAAUACCUGGAAAAACUCAACUUUUCCAAUGAAAAGAUUAAAACAAUUGCUUCACCAAUCGCACGUUACACUGGAAGAACUCUCAAAGCACAUUUUACUAAUUAA